UCCGCGUCAAAGUGCAAAAAUUUGGGCUUCGAGAGGUUCGGCCGUUGGUUCUAUCGCAUGUUCUCAUACUCCGACAAAUUUCUUCUCUUGUGAGCGGACAAAAUCUCCAUAAUUACCGCUGAGUUUUGCCUGCUUGUAUUCAUCAAUGGAGGUUUCGUCUUUCUCAACGCCGAGAUUUCGCUAUCCAAGCUCCUCUGUUCCAGAAUUGCGUCCUGUCACGAGGGUUAAAGUUCAAUUUUUGGGCCAAUCUCUUGUCGCUUUUUCAUCGAUCAUUCGACGAAGAACAGUAACCUCUCGUGAUUUGCAGGUAUUAUCCUGUAGUCAGAAGAGAGAUGUUGAUGUUGUGGAUGGGAGUUGUAUGGAUGAGAUAUACGAUAAAUUGGUGGAACGUGUUCUCCCUCCAUCAGCAGUUAUGUUCAGUCCUGAUACGAAGCGGCUUGUUGGGUUGGCUGGUCCUCCAGGAGCCGGGAAGAGCACACUAGCUAAUGAAGUGGUGAGCCGUGUAAAUAAGUUAUGGCCCCAGAAAGCUUGUUCAUUUGAUUCCGAGGUUACGCCACCGGAUGUUGCUAUCGUACUUCCCAUGGACGGGUUCCAUUUGUAUCGUUCACAGCUUGAUGCAAUGGAGGAUCCAAAGGAAGCCCAUUCAAGAAGAGGAGCUCCUUGGACAUUUGAUCCCGCACAAUUGCUCAACCGUUUGAAGAAGCUGAGAAACGAGGGCUCAGUUUACGUGCCAUCGUUUGAUCAUGGAGUUGGAGAUCCAGUUGAAGAUGACAUCUUUAUCAGCCUUCAGCAUAAAGUGGUAAUCGUAGAAGGAAAUUACGUGCUUUUGGAAGACGGGAUUUGGAUGGACAUCUCAGAGAUGUUUGAUGAGAAGUGGUUCAUCGAUGUCGAUCUUGACACAGCAAUGCAACGUGUGGAAAGAAGACACAUCUCAACCGGGAAACCGCCGGAUGUGGCUAAAUGGCGGGUAAGUUGAUGUUCCAAAAGAUAUUAUCGAUUCAUCAUCGUUACAAAACUCGGGUUUUUUCCCCCCGCUUGUGAUUUUUGGAACUUGCAGAUAGAAUACAAUGACAGACCCAAUGCAGAGCUUAUAAUGAAGUCGAAGACAAAUGCUGAUGUGAUGAUCAGAUCGAUCGAGUUCUGAAGACAUAAAGCGUUGUUCUCUUGGACAAAGUUGUUCAAGAGUGAAGACUUUUGUUUUUCAGAAGGGAUUGCCUCUCUUUGGUACAGUGUCUUAGGUUUAUCAAUAGGGGCCCACUAUCUCUUUUUUUUUUCUUUUUUUUUUUUUUUGCAUUUUCGGACAAUUUAUCCAUGGAACUCGUCAAUGGCCCAACAGCGCCUGAACAUAUGCCCAAUUAUUAUUUACAAAAUAAUCAGUACACCAUAA